AUGAGGUUAGUCCAUCUUGAUCCCGACCACUUCAGCAAAGUUUUGGCGGCUUGCAAGGCGGAAGGUGUCACAUUCACUUCAUACCUCGCUUGCAUUCAGGCAUUGACUUUCAAUGCUGUCUACGGCGAUGACCAUCACACGUCUGCAAUGAUCGCCGUGACUCUUAGACGUUUCCUUUCACCUGAUGCUGUGGAUGAGCCGUACAAGCAAAUAAUAACCAAAGAGAACUACAAGAUGUUUGGAAAUUUUGCUCAUAUGGGUCUUCCACAUUUGUUUGAGCCCGUUAAGGAGUUUUCAUGGGAGCUUGUCAAAAAGGUGAACCUUGAAUUGAAGCAGACUGUUGCCAAUCGGCGAUUGCUCAACACCCAAAAAGCAUUUGCUGAAGCUGCUUCAGAGUACGAAGAAAACAAGCAUCUCUUCUCGGGCAUAGUGGGCGCUAAUAAGGCGGAUGCCAUCAAAAUCUCCAAUGUGGGUGCGUACAAUUUCCCCGUCUACAAGCUCGAAGGACAAGACCUCACGGUCGAUGACAUCAUCUUCUCCCAAGAUAUGGCCCCCGGGGCCUCUGACUUCGUGCUCAACGUGGUCUCAUGUCCAAGAGGAGGUCUCAACAUCGUGAUGUCAUACUUCGAGGGGGAAGACAACAUAGAGAGUCUCCAUCAGGAGCUCGAACGCAACUUGCAAAAGUAUGCGGCAAAAGUCUAG